AUGAAGGUUGUUCUGCUUAUUACUUUAGUUUCCCUUCUACUGGUUAAGCGGAUUACGUUGUUGUUAGGAAUCGGGGCCCUACCUAGACAAUUUGAUAUCGCUGAAGAUGAAAACAUUUUCCGUACAUUGCACAAUUAUGUCUUAAUAAUCAAUUUGCGUGUGGGGCCUGUAUUAUUUCACCAAAGUGGGUUCUCACCGCAGGACAUCUAUGGGUAUAGGGAACUUAUAGACAACAUUACAUUACGUGUGGGUGCUACCGAGUUCGAUCAAACAGAAAACGAAGCAAUUACUCUAGCAAAGUUAUACAUUCACCCCUUAUACAACGAUACAACGGUAGACUAUGAUAUUAGCAUUCUCCUGCUGAAUAAAAAUCUUGCAUUUGGAAAAAAAAUUAAUUCAGUUGCUUUACCACUACCCAACGUUGUUUUACCUGCGGGAACCAUGGCUACCGUUGUCGGUUGGGGAAUGUUAACCGUUGAAGGUGCUCUUCCGACACAAUUGCAGGUAGUAACGUUACCCAUUAUUUCCAAUGAGGAAUGUGCUCGUCGUUACGUCGGCAGUAACGAUACCUGGGUUUUUGAUAGAAAUUUAUGUGCCGGUUAUCCACAAGGAGGAAAAGACGCUUGUAAUGGUGAUUCUGGGGGACCACUGACAGUGAACGGUGUACUUUAUGGAUUGGUAUCUUCCGGUACAGCUUGCGCUGAUGCCAGAUUUCCAGGAACCUACACCAAUGUUUCAAGUGUACGCUCCUACAUCACAUCAAUUACAGGACUGUGAUUGCAUGGGUUUGAUAACAUACUACUGAAUGUGUAAUUUAUUAUUAUCAAUAAAAAACGAGUGUUAAAGCA